AUGCACCUGGCAGACGUGCUCGCGUGCAUCGCAGUGCUCGCUGUCCUCAUAGUCUCGCUGCUGUCCAACGCGCUCGUGCUGAUCUGUUUCGCGUGCAGCCCUGAGAUCAGGAAGCGCGCGGCCAGCCUUUUCACGCUCAACCUGGCCACGUGCAACCUGCUGCUCACCGUCACCAACAUGCCUCUCACAGUGCUCGCACUCGCAGGCCACGUGCAGCCAGGAGGCGACGGGUUGUGUCGCACGGCCGCUUUCCUUGAGACCUUCCUGAGUGCCAAUGCCAUGCUCACUGUGGCCGCGCUCAGCGUGGACGGCUGGAUGGCGGUGGUCUUCCCGCUCAGCUACCGCUCCAGGAUGCGUCACCGUGACGCCGGGCUCGCGCUGGCCUACGCGUGGGUGCACUCAGCGAGCUUUGCAGCGGCUGCAGCAUGCCUCUCCUGGCUCGGCUACCAUGGCCUCUACGCAUCAUGCACGCUGCAUACUACCACCACCGCCGCCUCCAGCGUGCCGUUUGCUGCGUUCACAGUGGCCUUCCAUGCGCUCACUUUUCUCCUGUCGCUCGUGGUGCUGUGCGUCGCCUACCUCAAAGUGCUCCGAGUCGCACGCUUCCACUGCAAGCGAAUUGACGUGAUCACCAUGCAGACGCUUGUGCUCCUCGUGGACAUUCAUCCCAGCGUUCGACAGCGAUGUCUGGAGGAACAGAGGAGGCGGCGGCAGCGAGCAGCCAGGAAGAUCAGCACAUUCAUUGGCACUUUUGUGCUUUGCUUUGCACCUUAUGUGAUUACAAGGCUUCUGGAACUUUGGCCUGCAGUUCCUAUAAACCAGCACUGGGGGGUGCUGUCUAAGUGUCUGGCCUACUGUAAAGCAGCAUGCGAUCCCUUUGUAUACUCCCUGCUCCGGCACCAGUACCGGAAAGCCUGCACUGACAUCAUCAACCGGAUCCGAAAACGCAGAUCCAUGAACUCAUCAGAAGAAUGGCAGCGAGCAAACGGUCCCAACACUGUCGUCCAGGCAAUGGAGCUACCGGGAACACUGAAGGAAUGUACAGCAUAAAAGAAAUGAUAGGUGCAAUGAUGAUGAUGAUGAUGUGGAGGUGGAGCUUCUACGCACAAGAACUUAAGAUUCUGCUCUUCUAUCGGAUCCUAUCAAAAUGAUUCACUGGAGAUUCCA